AUGCCUAGCGUUGGGGUGAAUAGCUACCGGAAGUGUUGCCUUAGCAUUAGCUAUCCUAGCAGGCAGUUUUAUUAAACUAGCUGUAUUUCAGUCUUUUCGAUUUGUCAUUUGGAAUAAUUAGGAGUACCCUCCCAUAUUAGGCUUUGCUGUUCUGACUAGAGAGAGAAUGUAAUGAACAUCGUGUCGGAUUUUUAUGGCUAAGAAGAAUUUGUAAAGUCAUGGCAAGGCAAACUAAGGCAUAUAAUUAGGAAUAUAGGAUCUCUAUGAGCUAGGGUUUACUCCCGUACAUGACUGUGAUAAUGUUUUGAAUCAAUAGACCCAGUCGACCCUGCCCGCCUGUGGGGAAAACAACCUGGGUUUACCUAGGUUACCCCAUUGGCUCACAGCAAAAACUUUACCUGUUUCAAAUGAUUAUUUUAUUUUUGUCUGGCUGUUUUAGUCAAUUACAAUACUACAAUUAAGAAAAGUACAUGUCUAAAGAUUACUUUUCAACAUUGCCUGCUCCCAAGCAUUCUCACUACUUAGAAAAAUGUAAUAUUGUAGGGCUUCCCUCAUGCCCCUUUUCAUGAUGAUGCUAGCGGCCACUUGUGAGUGCUAGCUACCGACCGGAACAUUAAGCUAACCAAGAUCAACAUCACAAAUGGACUACACAGCUACAAGUAUUGAGUGGAGUUACAAAUUGGCUGUACUAAACAAGUUUAAUGUCUUACCUAUGAUGAAAUGUUUUCCACACACAUACAGUGGGGAAAAAAAGUAUUUGGUCAUCCACCAAUUGUACAAGUUCUCCCACUUAAAAAGAUGAGAGAGGCCUGUAAUUUUCAUCAUAGGUACACGUCAACUAUGACAGACAAAUUGAGAUUUUUUCUCCAGAAAAUCACAUUGUAGGAUUUUUUAUGAAUUUAUUUGCAAAUUAUGGUGGAAAAUAAGUAUUUGGACACCUACAAACAAGCAAGAUUCCUGGCUCUCACAGACCUGUAACUUAUUAUUUAACUCGUUACCUGUAUUAAUGGCACCUGUUUGAACUUGUUAUCAGUAUAAAAGACACCUGUCCACAACCUCAAACAGUCACACUCCAAACUCCACUAUGGCCAAGACCAAAGAGCUGUCAAAGGACACCAGAAACAAAAUUGUAGACCUGCACCAGGCUGGGAAGACUGAAUCUGCAGUAGGUAAGCAGCUUGGUUUGAAGAAAUCAACUGUGGGAGCAAUUAUUAGGAAAUGGAAGACAUACAAGACCACUGAUAAUCUCCCUCGAUCUGGGGCUCCACGCAAGAUCUCACCCUGUGGGGUCAAAAUGAUCACAAGAACGGUGAGCAAAAAUCCCAGAACCACACGGGGGGACCUAGUGAAUGACCUGCAGAGAGCUGGGACCAAAGUAACAAAGCCUACCAUCAGUAACACACUACGCCGCCAGGGACUCAAAUCCUGCAGUGCCAGACGUGUCCCCCUGCUUAAGCCAGUACAUGUCCAGGCCCGUCUGAAGUUUGCUAGAGUGCAUUUGGAUGAUCCAGAAGAGGAUUGGGAGAAUGUCAGAUGAAACCAAAAUAGAACUUUUUGGUAAAAACUCAACUCGUCGUGUUUGGAGGACAAAGAAUGCUGAGUUGCAUCCAAAGAACACCAUACCUACUGUGAAGCAUGGGGGUGGAAACAUCAUGCUUUGGGGCUGUUUUUCUGCAAAGGGACCAGGACGACUGAUCUGUGUAAAGGAAAGAAUGAAUGGGGCCAUGUAUCGUGAGAUUUUGAGUGAAAACCUCCUUCCAUCAGCAAGGGCAUUGAAGAUGAAACAUAGCUGGGUCUUUCAGCAUGACAAUGAUCCCAAACACACCGCCCGGGCAAUGAAGGAGUGGCUUCGUAAGAAGCAUUUCAAGGUCCUGGAGUGGCCUAGCCAGUCUCCAGAUCUCAACCCCAUAGAAAAUCUUUGGAGGGAGUUGAAAGUCCGUGUUGCCCAGCGACAGCCCCAAAACAUCACUGCUCUAGAGGAGAUCUGCAUGGAGGAAUGGGCCAAAAUACCAGCAACAGUGUGUGAAAACCUUGUGAAGACUUACAGAAAACGUUUGACCUGUGUCAUUGCCAACAAAGGGAAUAUAACAAAGUAUUGAGAAACUUUUGUUAUUGACCAAAUACUUAUUUUCCACCAUAAUUUGCAAAUAAAUUCAUUAAAAAUCCUACAAUGUGAUUUUCUGGAGAAAAAAAAUCUCAUUUUUCUGUCAUAGUUGACGUGUACCUAUGAUGCAAAUUACAGGCCUCUCUCAUCUUUUUAAGUGGGAGAACUUGCACAAUUGGUGGCUGACAAAAUACUUUUUUUCCCCACUGUAGCUACGUGUAGCCUACUUGGACCGCGUCCCCACAUUUACCACUCUCCCACGCCGAUCAGCCUGAAGCCACAGGGCUCUUGUCGCAGGUGCAAUUUCCCUACGUGGGAGCAUUGCAAACCAUAGGAAAGGUUUUUUUGACCUGGCUACAUGUACAUUGAAACAACACAGCAGCUUUUCGGUAUGUUUUAUUUCUGUAUAAUAAAAAAUCAACAACGAAGUUGCCUCUUUUACAAUGGGGGUCAAUAGAAAAGAAUGUUUGUUUUCCCCUAUUUGUGGUCAAGGGGAAUUCCUUAUUUAAGUGUUAAUGCCCUUGAAGCUGGUGUUUGGUGGAUAUAUUGCCAAUAUAUCCUCCAAACACCGGCUUCAAGGGCAUUAUCACUUUUAUACAACGGGUUACCAACAUAUUCAAAUAAUGAUUGACAUAUUUUCAUUAAUGUUAUUUAGUUUAAUUUAUUCAUACUAUUUCAUCCUUCCACAAGAUAGAGUCCCGACACAAAUCUAGUGUUGCUUCCCAAGCCGGCUGGUCGUUCGGUUGCUAGAGACACGACCCAGUCGUUCAGUCUUUUUGUUCUGUAUCUAUGGAUUUCUGGUAGAUCAUCAAAAUAAAUAGCAUCACAUUUCUGGACUCAGCAGUUUUUACCUAAUUAAGUAGAAUACUAUUGGAAAUUAAUCUUGAAAGAUCCAUUUAUAUUCCUAAAGCAUACAAUGAAAAUGAUGCUGUCGCUGCUUCCCGUUGACAAGAACUUUUGAUAAAUAAGUGUCCAAAUCAAUAAAUAUGCAGAAACUGUUUUGAUAUAUAUAUAUAUAUAUAUGUGAAUGUUUUAAAUUAAAUUGGGAUGGUUAACGUUUAGAGAAAAUCCCUAACUGAAAAACAAUUAUUUUGUUUUCCCCCCACAAAAUUUAAAUUGCAGUGCUGUUAUUACAAAACUACCACAAACAUAAUCUUCAUAAAGGUAAAAAUAAAAUACCUAACACAACAAUGCUGUAACGUUUGUAGGAGGAGAUAUGCAUCUUUCAAAUUAUUUGGCAAGGAUAUAAAGUGUUCUGCACGUCAUCGUCGUUAAUAUUUGGAAAAAUUGCAGAGUGUGAGACGGGGAAGUGACAGCAGCGAAGUCCUGUAUGGCAAUACUUUGAGAAGAUAAAUGAGAAGGUGGUGAAAUGCAAACUUUGCAAGGUGGAAUUAAGGUACACCGGGAAUGCAGAUGCAAUGCUUAACCAUCUGAAAGGGAAACAAGAUCUCACUUCUUUACCAAAUACACUUCAAAUUCUGCUGUUUAUCCAUGUUUCUAGAAACUUCCAAUUUAAAGUGUUUGACAACCUGGGUUAACUCCUCCUGCUCAGCAUCGUUCCGUUUCUCCAAACGUUAAGGUUUUGAAUAGGGUUAAAACAUCAAGUUUAGGCAUUCAUUCCAAAUGGUUAAGGUUUGGAAUAGGGUAUACAUUUUUUGGGGGGGGUUGCUUACCACUGGGAUUGAACACGCAACCUUCAGAUCCGGAGUCAUUGGACCCCUGUCCUCAACGCCCUAACAAUACCCAAGCCUACUGGAUGGUAAUAGCACUCACUGUUGCCACUAGUGGCCGGUUUUGAAGGCAUUUCCCGAUGUCCUCAGGAUAUUGACAGAGGUCCAAUUUCGAAGUCAAUCUUGCGCGAUCUGCCUGGAAAGGGAGGCACCUUGAGACCCAAACCGAAAGAAGUGCGAUAAGGGAUGGAGUGAGAAAAUCACUGCAUUGAUUACAGAAGGGUCGGUUACACCUCCAAAAAGCACAAGAAAGAGGAUUUCAACACCCACCAUCUCGGAUUGUUCUGAUCUAAUUUCUGUUAGAAACCGAUAAGAUUAGCAUUCCUGCAACAUUAUUUUUGGUGAAAUAAUUUGAUAUCUGAGGAAUUAAGCUAAUUGAUUGUAUCCAAAUUGGCCAUUUUAAUUUAUAGGAUUGUCUAUGUAUGUUUUUGAUAUUCAGCCAUUGUCAAUUGUGAAGGAUGUCUGAUUCAAUGCCCUGGUGGCAUAUCUAGAACCAGACUACAAGAUGCCAUGUUGAGAAACCGCGACAACCCGGAUGGAGAAAUUGUACAAUGAUUGCUCUGCAAGUACAAAGCGCGAGCUCUCAAACACUCUUACGUGGCGUUAACAACAGAUUGUUGGACGUCUAUGAACACGCUUUCAUACAUCACUGCAACGAGGCAUGACAUGGGUGUUUGUGUCCAACUUCUCAUCAAUGUACUGACCACUGAGCCACACAGCAGAGAACCAAUACCAAUUUGAAAUCAAUAGAGCAGGGGCUAACAUUUGGGGUGUUUGCGCUGGUUAAACUAACACUAUUCAAAGGCCACACUGAAUCUGAGAAUAGAUUUUUAUAUCACUGGUUAGAAGAGAAUUUGCUGAAGACUGUCGUCUAAAUUCUAGAAUGUCAGAUGGAAGUUUUGGGAGGCUGCCGAAACGGGCAAGGAAACAAAUCAGUUGCUUUCUUAUUUAACUUCAGCAGUUUAAACCUGGAGGCUGGCGUGUGGUUCACGUCGACUGGACCGUUGUCAUGAUUAGUGAGGAUUAUUAGGGUAGAUUUAUAGACUACUAUAUAAACUACUGUUAAAUCACUAUUGUACACUUUUCUGACCAUCCAAUAUUUCAUGGCUUUAAUUGGCUCAUCGCGCUCUAGCGACUCCUUGUGGCGGGCCGGAUGCCUGCAGGCUGACUUCGCUCGUCAGUUGAACGGUGUUUCCUCCAACACAUUGGUGCAGCUGACUUCCAGGUUAAGCGAGUGGGUGUUAAGAAGCGCAAUUAGGCGGGUCAUGUUUCGGAGGACGCAUGACUCGACCUUUGCCGCUCAUUGGGGAGUUGCAGCGAUGAGACAAGUUCAUAAUCAUGAAAUUGGGGAGGAAAAGGGGGUUAAAAAAUAAAACAUGUAUUCCGAGUGCGCAAGGGAACCACACCUGCAAAGCCCGUUACGCACCUGCAUAAGGUAAGUUUGAAUACAAACUAUUGAGGAGCGCUUAGAUAAGGCAUGCAUAGGAAAGUCGUACAUUUCCUAAGUCUGAAUUGGGCCCAUAUUGAAUUGUAACAAUUGCAUGAAUUAAGCAUAUGAUCAUUCAAUGUCUUCAUUAUGUAUAAUGUCUAUUUCAUUGCUUUCCCUUCAGAGGCCAGACACCCUGACCACGGGGGCUGGUCACCCGGUAGGGGACAAGCUGAAUAUAAUGACAGCAGGUCCCCAGGGGCCCCUCCUGGUGCAGGACACCCCGUUCAUUGACGAGAUGGCACACUUCGACCGUGAGCGCAUCCCAGAGAGGGUGGUGCACGCCAAGGGAGGCGGUGGGUGUCCAGCACUACCAAUGUAUUUAACAGACUGGCACUGAUUGGCAUUAAUGCAAUAUAUACUGAACAGAAAUAUUAUCGCAACAUGCAGCAAUUUCAAAGAUUUUACUUAGUUACAGUUCAUAUAUGGAAAUAAGUCACAUGACAGGGAUUACAGAUAAGCAUCUGUUGGUCACAGAUACAUUACAUGACCAAAAGUGUUCGUUGUCCGUAGCUUAUGCCUGCCCAUACCGUAACCCCACCUCCACCAUGGGGCACUCUGUUCACAUCAGCAAACCGUUCGCCAACACAACGCCACCCACGUGGUCUGCGGUUGUGAGGCCGGUUGGAUGUACUGCCAAAUUCUCAAAAAUGACGUUGGAGGUGGAUUAUGGUAGAGACAUGAACAUGCAACAGCUCUGGUGGACAUUCGUGCAGUCAGCAUGACAAAACUGCACAUUUUAGUGGCUUUUUAUUGUCCCCAGCACAAGGUACACCUGUGUAAUGAUCAUGCUGUUUAAUCAGCUUCUUGAUAUGCCAAACCUGUCAAGUGGAUGGAUUAUCUUGGCAAAGGAGAAAUGCUCACUAACAGGGAUGUAAACACAUUUCUGGCAAAUUUAGAGAAAUAGGCUUUUUGUGCAUAUGGCACAUUUUUGGGAUCUUUUAUUUCAGCUCAUGAAACAUGGGACCAAGACAUUAGAUGUUGCGUUUUAUAUUUUUGUUCAGUGUAUUUCUCAGUAAUUGUUUAAAAAUGGGCAAAAAUGACAGAGCUGGAAAGACCGUCAGAUGCCACUAGAUUUCUUAAGAGUGGAGCUUCACGUAAUGGUAGGGGAACCACUGCCCUUGCCUAGACAUCUAGCUAUCAAUUGUGGGCCUAAUUUUGGGUCAACACCAAAAAGCCAACUGUAAGCGGCUCUCCAGUCUAACAUUAUAAAGACCAUGAUCAUGUGACGAUCUGUUGGCCCACUCUACAGAAGGGGUAAAGUGCACCACAUGAAUGGCUUUCUUAGCAGGUGUUUACUCACUAAUCUUCCAAGGAAUGUGUACACGACAUGGUGAAGGCAGCAUAUUUGUUUGUGAAGUUGAAUAUAACCUCAGCUCAUUUUGUCUAAUGACAAGUUCAGUGGUUCUCUUUCAUAUAUUCGUUUUGAUGUAUCACUAUGGGGAUUCGCCAAGAUCACCAACUCUCGGAAGAACCUGUCAAAAGCGUCUGUUAGAGGUAGGUAGUGGCGAAUGAGGUGAGCCCCUCACUUCCUUUUAAGGAGCUACUCUCCCACCCUGUGGUGAUUCUUGCUUGUGAAGAGCAUUACUCUCUAGCUCUCCUCUGCAUGAUUUAUCCUUGUUUUCCUACUUAACUGCUUACAAGCGAACCAUGAAGGAAAUCACUGCCGACCGUAGAUCUUCAGACCCUUUCGAGAGGUUUAGUACUGACCGAAUGGUUUUUGCUUUGUGUAGAAAUUCAUUUUCUACUUUUCAGUCUCCGUUGGUUGCUAGCUUCACGGCUAGCUAUUGAGACUGUUAGCCCACGCUGCAAGUCUAACUUGGCUAGCUCACUGAGAUGCAAGCUAACCUCACUAGCAUACCUUACCUACAACACGGUAGAAUUUCUAGCUCCCUUCUCUCGUCUAGCUUAACGUUCAUCCUUCUCAGCCUCACGGCUCCUUCUGUCAUGGGAGCACACUACCUGCAGGCUAACUCUGCUGCUAGCUAAUGCCCCACUAGCCUAAUGGUUAUUGCAUUCUACUGUGCUCAUUAUUGCUUACUAUUAGCCACAAGGCUUCCAACUAGCUAGCUUCUAACUGUUUACACAUGCUACCGUUUGCUAGCCACCAGCCGCAAGGCUUCUAACUAGCUAGCUUACGCAGUCUACUCGUUGUUCUUACAACAGGCGUUGCUUUUUCCUCCAAGCAAGCCUUGUUCCUUAAAAUGGCCUCUGGUAUCCCAGGACGAGCCUAGCACUCGAACCCCCACGUUCUUGCACUUGCGAUUCCAUGAUUGCAGGGAAGGAUGCCCACCCUCUAUGCAUCAAUUGCCUGGGAAAGGAACAUGCCCAAGAGGCGCUCGAUGACCCAGAGUCCUGUGAGCACACCCAAGAGGCACUCUGAGGAGGUUUAAACGAGCGUCUAUCUUGAUAGCCCCUUUCGCCUCCAAGCCGACAGCGAAAGCUGAGGCUCAGCACCCCGCAACCUAGCCCAGUUGGGGCGUGGUCAUGGAUAGCCUCGACUCCUUCCCCUCACUAUCUUACGAUAUAGUGUCAGGGGAGGCAAGCCUAGGGAUGACGAUGGGAUUAAUCUCACAGAUAUCCUCGAUGGCUCAGGAGCUGGGGGGUGACGACCCUUUUCUCCCGCCUUCUCAGAACCGCGGGUCUGACGGCCACGAGAGCAGAGAAGCCACCCCUACUCCAUAGGAGUUUGGGCUCCUCCGUGUCUGCAAGCGGCCCAUUAAGAGACCUAUACGACGAGAAGAGACUCCUGUCUCAUACAGCCCCGGUAAAGCAACUCCCCGCAGUAACCACAUGCCUCAGGGAAGCUAAGAGCUCGUGGGACAAACCCCUCACCAGCAAGAUUCUUGCAAGGGGCACCCCAAGCCUGGACAUGCACAAUAUGGAGGAAUUUAGGUUUGGUAACCCUCCCACGGUGGAGCCGUCACUGGCUUAGCACCUCAGCCCCUCGCGCCGUGUUACUAACGACACUAGCACCUCACUCGCUAGAAAGACGGUGCGCUUUACUGCCUCCAUUUUGGCUCUGCCCAAGCAAUCGGCUCUCAAUGUGACCUUUUAUUGUUCGCUUAUCAUGCUGAGCUAAUGGAGGAGGUGGUGGGGAAACAACUGGACUCAGACACCCUAGAACUAGAUGCUUGGGAGGAGCUCUGUAUGGUUAGACUUAAACCUCUGUAAUAAUUAAUAAUAAUAAUUGGUCAUUUAGCAGACGCUCUUAUCCAGAGCGACUUACAGGAGCAAUUAGGGUUAAGUGCCUUGCUCAAGGGCACAUCGACAGAUUUUUCACCUAGUGGGCUCGGGGAUUAGAACCAGCGACCUUUCGGUUACUGGCACAACGCUCUUAACCACUAAGCUACCUGCCUCCUCUGUGCCUCCCGUAGUGCCAUUUUUAAGGCUGUGGUUGUACCAUGUGCCUAUCGCUGGUGGGAGAAAGGGCUGAGUGAGGACGGCGCACUUGCCAGGCGUCAGAGCCUCAGAAAAUAAUUUUUUACUGAGAUUGGUUCACACAACCGAGCCACUGCCUACUCUGCCUCCCCAUCAGUUGGGAGCAAGAGGCUGGGGAUAUAUCUUCGCUCUUGACAACCCUCCUCCAUGGAGCAGGGCCAAGACAUACCAGUUACAUAGCUGUUCUACUUCCCAGUAGUAGGAAUACUGCGUUGAGAAAAAAUAAAUAAGACAGGCCCGCAAUUCUUGGAAGAGUGCCAGUCUCUAAGCCUUUAGCUAGUCCUGGGACAUGUCUAUAGUGCUUAAUAUACUUUCAUAGCAGUGAAGCUGUAAUAUUAUUUCGCUUUGCUACAGCCCUUGGCACCCCUAAGCGAGUGUGUAGACUGUGCUUUACCAGCCACUGUUCGCACUCACAGUGUGCCCAGGGGUUCUUCAGGUUAAUGUACCUCAUCCUUUGGCCUAGGUCGACAUUUUCUUAUUGUCGCACCUUGGAGCCUAAGGCUUUUCACCUGUCGCCUUCCUCGGUAGGGUGGAUGCGCGUUGGACAUCUACUUGGAUUGAACGAGAGCUCAUUGUGCAACAUUAUAUAUUUUUGUAAUGGCAAGAUUGACAGCCUUCGGAGGGGCCUGAAAGGGCCCUCUCCUACAGAGGAGUUUACCUCUUGGGCACAGUUUUUGGGACAUAUCUCAUUAAGCACCAAAUUCCCCUGCUGGCAAGGGCGCGAGGAAGAGAAGCAUGCUUGAGAAUGACCAGAGGGCGGGAGAGUGCCUUCUUAUAAGGAAGUGAGGGGCUCACCUCAUUUGCCACUCUAUCUGUCUGUCUCCAACCGAUGCUUUUGAUACAAUAGGUCCUUCCGAGAGUUGGUGAUCCAGGCGAAUCUCCAUAGUGAUACAUCGUACUCAUAUUUUCAGAGAACCGGGGUUUAGCAAGUAACCUUAAGUUUUGCACUGCCUACAAUGACAAAGAUACAUUGGUUUUAAAUUAGGAGUGAUAAUCUACGUUAGCCUAACUAGCUGUGCCAUCUCUAGUCUCGGAAACCGACCCUAAGCUACAGCAGAGAUGUGUCUGGUUUCAAUGACUGACUGACUCUUUUGGCAACUUCAAUAAGGGAACAAAAAUGUCUGUCUCUAACUAGCUAGCCUAACUAGCUAACAUAAAAUACAAACGGUAACUGACCAUGUACUGCCUCUUCCUCCACAGGAGCGUUCGGGUACUUUGAGGUGACACAUGACAUCUCUCGCUACUGCAAGGCCAAGGUGUUUGAGCAUGUGGGAAAGACCACACCCAUCGCCAUCCGCUUCUCCACCGUGGGUAAGACGCACCACUGCAUAGCUAGAUAGCUUCUCCACUUUCGUACUGGUUACAUUAGCCUACAUUACAUUUACUUUUAUUAAAUUUUUUAUCCCAUACUUUCCUGGUAUUUAUUCAAUACUUACAUGGUAAAAUUGUAUUUUGAGGUUGCUCCCACCGGCUUUUCCAUAAAACUGCUACAAACACAUUUACACAGUUAUUUGUUUCCUCAAGAACAUGUGUAAAGAAGCACUGUAUCAUGUAAUUAUACGUAUUUGCUACCAAUAUUAGUUUGUUUGCGAUAACUAGAGGCAAUGACUACAAAUAUGAUUGUCUGCAAAAGCAAUAUUUGCUUAUCAGAAGAAUCCUUGACAGAGUUCAUAUUCACUUCUGACAUUUGACCAACUUAACACUCUUUUAUAACAGCUCUCGUAACACUCUCAUAACUGAUGCCUGGACAGUUGUCCCCUGCCAGAGCAAUACAAACAAAGGUUGUGUAAGAGCCCCAUGAGAAAAUAAUGCCGUCUACAUGAUUGAUGCUGUCAAGUGAAGAGCAGUCCUUAGUGUAGUAACCUUAAUGCACAAGUGUCCAUCACUAACCCUGACCCAAAGCCUCAGUGGGAAAACUGCUGUUACAGGGAUAAAACUAGCUGGGAAUCCAAAGAAAAUACAAAAACUCAGAGUAAACUAUCUGGAUUAAUACUUUGAUAUAGUUAGCCUGCAUGUCCUAGAAAUGUAUAGGACCCCCUGAACCCACCUAAAGUUCCCUGGAAUCUAUUUUCUAUUGAAUUGGCUUGACCUAGGUCUCUAUUAGCUUUUUCAGGAUUGUUUGGCAUUUCUUGAGAGUUUGAAAUGAUACAAAACAAAGGGUACAUUUAAAUUACUCAGCAAUUACAACAUCCAAAUAGAUCAUUGAAUAAAUACCAUAAAAUAGUCAUAAUACACUUUUUUUUCAUCUGUAAAUAAUGUCUUGUUUAAACUGUGAGUUUCUUAUCGUCAUAUUUUCAUGUAGCUGGGGAAUCGGGCUCAGCCGACACAGUGAGAGACCCACGUGGCUUUGCAGUCAAGUUCUACACUGACGAGGGCAACUGGGACCUUACUGGCAACAACACCCCCAUAUUCUUUAUCAGGGACGCCAUGCUGGUGAGUCCAGACAGGUGUGAGUCAAGAUUGAGCCUGUGUGCGCCUGGCCAAGGUUCAGGGUGUAGUGUGUGUGUGUGUGGCCGUGGCCAAGGUUCAGGGUGUAGUGUCUGGCUGCACGUGUGCACGCUCCUGGCCAAGAUUCAGGAUAUAGUGCGAGACCAAGGUUCAAGAUGUUUUGUGGAUAUUAUGUGUUCUACAUUAGUUCAUCUCCCCGUAUGAUAUGUACCAUUACCGCAUCUCUCUGAUAUCCCUUUGUCUGUGCAGUUCCCAUCCUUCAUCCACUCUCAGAAGCGCAACCCCCAGACUCACCUAAAGGACCCAGACAUGGUGUGGGACUUCUGGAGCUUGCGGCCUGAGUGUAUGCAUCAGGUGCUGUAGCUGCUCCUCUCUACCCGCAACCAAACCUUUACACACACGCACACGAUAGAUGGAUGGAUGGAUUUCUGACAUUGUAUUUUCUGAUUUCACCCCACACUAAGCCAAGUUUUAGUAAGAACAUGCCAUUAACAACUUUAUAGCUAUGCCAAAUAUAGUUUUGCAUCCUUUUUCUGAUCAGAUUAUUAUUAUUAUAUCAUGCUUAUAUACUUAUGUUUUUCUAGAUAUUAUCUACUUACAAUACCUCAAUUGCUAAUCACUGAGUAUGUUGUUCAUGAUCUUCUAUUUGUUCUCGUCUCUGUGAAGGUGUCCUUCCUGUUCAGUGACCGUGGUCUGCCCGACGGCUUCCGCCACAUGAACGGCUACGGCUCCCACACCUUCAAGCUGGUCAACGCCAAGGGUCAGCCCGUCUACUGCAAGUUCCACUACAAGGUCAAAGCACAAGUAAAACUAAUGUAGUGAACACAAUAGUACAGGACUAGUGAAAUGCACUACACUUAAAUGGAUAUAGGAGUCGACUAUACUUAAUUAACUGAAGAGGGUAAUGGUGGGAACAGAAGGAAACGUAUUUGGAAAAAUUGGGACAGGGUCCAUAGUAACCCAUAGCAACCUUCCCAUCUCAGACCGACCAGGGCAUCAAGAACAUGAAACCUGAGGAUGCCGAGCACCUGGCUUCCACCGACCCGGACUACGCCAUCCGAGACCUUUACACCGCCAUCGCCAACGGCAACUUCCCCUCCUGGUCCUUUUACAUCCAGGUCAUGACCUUUGAGCAGGCAGAGAAGUUCCAGUGGAACCCCUUUGACCUGACCAAGGUACCAUAGAGAUGCAAUAGGCAGAAAUCGCUCCGCCAUUUGCCUAAUUUAAGUUUGUGACAAAACAAGAAGUCAUUGUGUAGAGAAUCAUUGUACCAUCUAAACCGCUGUGAUAUAUAUUUUCCGUAACCAAAAAUGUUGUAUUUUCAGCCGUUUGAAGCUGGUGUACUAAACCGAAAGUAAAAUACGAAAAAACUAAACUUAAGAAAGGGCAGCAUAGAAGUAGCGCACAUAGAACAGAUCUACCACUUCUUAGACUUGCUUUCAAUGAGACUGACCGGUUUUAGAACUCAAUUUCAAUGUGAAUUUGGUCAGGCCGCCCAAAAAGUAACAUAUUGCAGAUUUUAAUACUCAUAAUCUUCUAUUCAAUUAUGUGGGAACCACUCCCUAACAUUUGAUCAAUAUGUUCCCUUGGUUUUGAAAGAAGAAUGUGACAGAAAUACUUGAUGUCUUUGUACUAGGGCGGCAGGUAGCUUAGUGGGUAAGAGCCGACCAGGUGAAAAAUCUGUCGAUGUGCCCUUAAGCAAGGCACUUAACCCUAAUUGCUCCUGUAAGUCGCUUUGGAUAAGAGCGUCUGCUAAAUGACUAAAAAUUUACAAAUGUACUAUGUUAUUAGCCAUUUAAACCUCGAGUCAAAAACACAUUCUCAGAAUAUCGACAUUUGCAGUACUCUGGCUUUUCCCCUAGAGGGGGAACUUCCUCCACAUAACCACUAAAAGAUCUGACAGUGGUCUGAGAUCUGUUAUGGUGUCAUAGCAUCUGUGAGCAGUAGUAUGAUUGGCAACUGAUUCUCAAUAGCUGUUAUUUAGUCAGGAUAAUUAUUAGGUGAAAAUAAUACAUUAUAGGGGGUCAUGCAAGCCUACAUUUUCAUAGAAUUGUCUUGUCUAUGCACCUUGGUUGGCAUGCGAGGUAGCUACACUGUUCUCUCUUUCUUACUACUCAGGUGUGGUCUCACAAGGAGUACCCCCUCAUUCCUGUGGGGAGGUUGGUGCUCAACAGAAACCCUGUCAACUACUUUGCUGAGAUCGAGCAGCUAGCUUUCGACCCCAGCAACAUGCCCCCUGGCAUCGAGCCCAGCCCUGACAAGAUGCUACAGGGGCGUCUGUUCUCCUACCCAGACACACACCGGCACCGGCUGGGCGCCAACUACCUGCAGCUGCCCGUCAACUGCCCCUUCAGGACCCGUGUGGCCAACUACCAGCGAGAUGGGCCUAUGUGCAUGUUCGACAACCAGGCUGGCACUCCCAACUACUUCCCCAACAGCUUCAGUGCUCCAGAGACCCAGCCCCAGCACAUGGAGACCAAGUUUGAGGUGUCCCCAGACGUGGGCCGCUACAACAGUGCUGACGAUGAUAACGUCACACAGGUAGAGAACACAUAUGUUGGGAAUAUUGGUCAAGUUAUUACUAAACAAGUUAUUAAUAUAUUUUAUGAAUGGGGGCACCAGUCCAUUAUUAGACAAACAUGGUAUUUUAAGAAUACUUGAAUUAAUAUAUUUUAUGAAUGUGGGCACCAGUCCAUUAUUAGACAAACAUGGUAUUUUAAGAAUACCUGACUUAUGAAUUAUCUUAGCAAUAACACUAUAAGACAGAACUGAGAAUACUAGUAACAAUUGAUUUACCUGAAGGUACAGUAUAUCUGAUGAGCUUAAUAUCAGAUUUGUGAAAUUGUACAGUUUUCUAGAGCUUGUUUUGUGUCAGAAAACCCCCCAAACAAGUAAAAUGUAAUAAUAAAAAAUUGUAAACAUCUAUAAAUUAAUCAAUGGUUACAGGGUAAAUUAUAAUGUUAGGUAAUCGAUACAGGAGAAUGAUGAAUUCAAUCAUUUGUUUAUCAGCAAAUUGCUAGAGAAUUAUAUUCAAAUUUUGGAUAGAGCAACGUUUGCACAAUCAAGCUUGUACUUAACAGAUAACACGGGCGCAUACUGCUAAAGAGUAUUAACUAUGAGUUGUGAAGUGAGCAAUUUAAAAGGCAAGUAGUGGUUCAGUUCUAACAUGCAGUUACUGAACGUCAACCUAAAUAGUUACACAUUACACUUAAUACCAAUGCAAGGGAGCGAAUUAGCUGUAUAGUUACUCUCAAAAGGUAAAAAGGGGAGACUCCGAGAUGUGCACUGACGCCGGGUGGUGCAAGGCAGAACGAGGAAUGCUAGCUUCCGCCGUGGAGGACAGAUCUUGGCGGGAUCAAGCCGGUGAUCUGGAAUCGGUAGCUCGGCUUCAAGGGAAAAAGACAACUUGCAAGAGGAACACACAACAUACUUUUCCCCAACAUUUUCAUGUCUUCCCUGUCCGGUAAAGGGGGUUGUGCUGAUGUGACAUGAGGGUCAUUUACUACACAAAGAGAGCUGUGUGCACUGCACUGGCAGGGCCAAUAAUGAUGAUACACCCUGUAAAGAAAUCUUUGUUAUUAUACAUGAUCAAUGCCUAUUAACUAUAAUGCUUACACGUGUUUAUAAAUGAUUACAAAUAAUGAAAUACGUCUUUUAUUGAUAGUUUAUUAAUGCUUAUUCAUGUGUGUGCCCUGACCGUGUGUAUAUGUAUUGCAGGUGCGUACCUUCUUCACUAAGGUGCUGAACGAGGAGGAGCGCCAGAGGCUCUGUCAGAACAUGGCUGGUGCCCUGAAGGGAGCCCAAGUCUUUAUCCAGAAACGCUGGGUGAGUUGUCCUCAUCAUCGUCAUCACCAUCAUUAAGAUUGUCUAAGUCCAACACUUUCAUCAUCUUUAGGAUCAGCAAUUAUGUUUUAUAUAUGUGUGUGUUUUCUUUAAUCACCAUCAUCAUUACUAUUCAAAUCAACCUCCUCCACCACACUGUCAUCAUGGCUGUUAUAUACACUGCUCAAAAAAAUAAAGGGAACACUUAAACAACACAAUGUAACUCCAAAUCAAUCACACUUCUGUGAAAUCAAACUGUUCACUUAGGAAGCAACACUGAUUGACAAUAAAUUCCACAUGCUGUUGUGCAAAUGGAAUAGACAACAGGUGGAAAUUAUAGGCAAUUAGCAAGACACCCCCAAUAAAGGACUGGUUUUGCAGGUGGUGACCACAUACCACUUCUCAGUUCCUAUGCUUCCUGGCUGAUGUUUUGGUCACUUUUGAAUGCUGGCAGUGCUUUCACUCUAGUGGUAGCAUGAGACGGAGUCUACAACCCACACAAGUGGCUCAGGUAGUGCAGCUCAUCCAGGAUGGCACAUCAAUGCGAGCUGUGGCAAGAAGGUUUGCUGUGUCUGUCAGCGUAGUGUCCAGAGCAUGGGCACUACCAGGAGACAGGCCAGUACAUCAGGAGACGUGGAGGAGGCCGUAGGAGGGCAACAACCCAGCAGCAGGACUGCUACCUCCGCCUUUGUGCAAGGAGGAGCAGGAGGAGCACUGCCAGAGCCCUGCAAAAUGACCUCCAGCAGGCCACAAAUGUGCAUGUGUCUGCUCAAACGGUCAGAAACAGACUCCAUGAAGGUGGUAUGAGGGCCCGACGUCCACAGGUGGGGGUUGAGCUUACAGCCCAACACCGUGCAGGACGUUUGGCAUUUACCAGAGAACACCAAGAUUGGCAAAUUCGCCACUGGCGCCCUGUGCUCUUCACAGAUGAAAGCAGGUUCACACUGAGCACAUGUGACAGAGUCUGGAGACGCCGUGGAGAACGUUCUGCUGCCUGCAACAUCCUCCAGCAUGAUCGGUUUGGCGGUGGGUCAGUCAUGGUGUGGGGUGGCAUUUCUUUGGGGGGCCGCACAGCCCUCCAUGUGCUCACCAGAGGUAGCCUGACUGCCAUUAGGUACCGAGAUGAGAUCCUCAGACCCCUUGUGAGACCAUAUGAUGGUGCGGUUGGCCCUGGGUUCCUCCUAAUGCAAGACAAUGCUAGACCUCAUGUGGCUGGAGUGGGUCAGCAGUUCCUGCAAGAGGAAAGCAUUGAUGCUAUGGACUGGCCCGCCCGUUCCCCAGACCUGAAUCCAAUUGAGCACAUCUGGGACAUCAUGUCUCGCUCCAUCCACCAACGCCACGUUGCACCACAGACUGUCCAGGAGUUGGCGGAUGCUUUAGUCCAGGUCUGGGACUAUCCACCACCUCAUCAGGAGCAUGCCCAGGCGUUGUAGGGAGGUCAUACAGGCACGUGGAGGCCACACACACUACUGAGCCUCAUUUUGACUUGUUUUAAGGACAUUACAUCAAAGUUGGAUCAGCCUGUAGUGUGGUUUUCCACUAAUUUUGAGGGUGACUCCAAAUCCAGACCUCCAUGGGUUGAUACAUUUGAUUUUCCAUUGAUAAUUUUUGUGUGAUUUUGUUGUCAGCACAUUCAACUAUGUAAAGAAAAAAGUAUUUAAUAAGAUUAUUUCAUUCAUUCAGAUCUAGGAUGUGUUAUUUUAGUGUUCCCUUCAUUUUUUUGAGCAGUGUAGUUGGCAUCAUCUUCCUCACUACCACAAAGGGCAUCUUUGCAAUGUAAUGUUUAACAAUGUAUUAUGCCAUCACUAACAACACUGUUCUGACCCUCUCUCUCUGCUCUCACUCUGUUUUUCCAGGUUCAGAACUUGAUGGCUGUGCAUGCAGACUAUGGAAACAGGGUCCAGUCCCUACUCAACAAUGCUGAGCCCAAGAAGGUAAGUUCAUUUAUUGCUGUCAACAGACGCUAAAGCUUAUGUAAACAACGCAACAGUAAACAUGUCGUCCCCCAUGAAUGAUGCAGUAUAGAAAAGCACUCGCACAUCUGAGUCAGCUUAUUGCAGGUGAGUAGGAAUAAUUAAUGAAAUAUUUGGAGAAAAAAUUAAGAUCAAAGUAUAGUUGCAUCAUUUACAUGAGCGGUUUUAGGUAUAUUGUAGAUCCUUAAUAAAAAUCUAAAGUUGUAUUAACUAAAUAGUUUCAUACACAUUUUAUGUAGGUAGAACAUUUUGUUUGUACUUAUUCCUUUCUGUUUAGUAUAUAUGUGACUGUUUCUCUCAGGACCCCUUGUAAACAAGAUUGUGUUUGACAUAGCCUCAAAUCUCCUUCUCUCCCUUUGUCUCCUCCCCUCCCCCUCUCUCACAGGACACUGUGAGAGUGUACACCCGUGGAGGUGCAGCUGCCAUCACUGCCUCCUCCAAGAUGUGA